CGCCCAGUGCACGAUCGUCCGUCGUAGAAGUAGCAGCAGCAACAGCGGUGGCUGCAAGGUUAAAUCUGUUCCAAACCAUCCCUUCCGGAUGUACCGUUUGUUGGCGCGAACUAAUUGAAACGAGUGGGAAACCCAAACACCAGUGCUUUGUGAUAGAAAACAACUUCCUCCGUGGCUAAUAGGACCACCACGACACGGACAACAGCUCUGCCCUGUGUUGGCCCAAUCACUCCCGUGCCUAAGUGUUAAUACCUCCUGACGUCGUAAUUUCGGCGAAUGAAUUGCCGCGAUGGUUUAUUCCAGUCAACAGUAUACCCGAAGCAGAUCGCUUUUCAUCGGCAGCACAUGCUAUGCAGCUCUAUUAGUCCUCAUUUUCAUCGGUAAUGUACACACGGCACAAGAGCGACAGUUGCCAACCCCCACGGAAUUCCAGAGGCACGACUUUGACUGGCAGCUCGCACGGGAAGUGUUCCGUGAUGAGGACUCGAAUGUGGUGUUUUCUCCGUUUUCUGUAAAACUUCUCCUAACGCUGCUGUACGAGGCAGCCGAGCCGGGGUCUGCCACGCACCAGCAGCUCAAAGUGGUCCUGUGCGAGCGGGAUAUCAAUGAAACGCGUACGUUCUACAAUGAGUUCCUGGAUACAUCCACGAAAGCGAACGAUAAUUACGAGUUCGACAUCGGCACGAAGGUGUUUUUAGAUAAACUGCACGGAAAGCUCUCACCCAGCUACACGAAUCUGCUACAACAAACGUACAGUGCCUCGUUCGACCGGGUAUCCUUCAAUGGCACGGCGAAGAAGACGGCCGGAGAGAUUAAUGACUGGUGCGAGAAGGUGACCCGCGGACGCAUUACAGAAAUCGUGACGGAAGACACACUGCUAGAAUCGCAAAUGAUCCUCGCCAACGUGCUGUUCCUUAAGGCAUCGUGGAGAAAUUCGUUCCUCGACAAGGACACGGUGGCCCGGCCGUUCGAAGUGAGCGCCAAAACAUCCGUCAUGACACCGUUCAUGACGCAGACGGAUUUGUACGAAUACGCGAACCACACGGAGCUUGGAGCGGAAGUGUUGCGCCUGCCCUACAAGGGCCGCGACUUCAGCAUGAACAUCGUGCUGCCCCACGGGAACGUCUCGCUCGAUUCGAUAGCAAACUCCAUGUCCACGGUCAUGCUCAAGUCGUUGCUGUUCCAGCGAGAAGAUGUGACCGUGCACCUUCCAAAGUUUCGCUUCGACUACGGCACGCUACUGAACGAACCUUUAAGAAAGCUGGGAAUACGGGAUAUUUUUAAUCAAAAUGCAUCACUGCCGUUGCUCGCGCCCAUCACCGAAGGCAAGAACGCCGACAGGCCUGGUCUAGAGGUUUCAAAGAUACUGCAAAAAGCUGGCAUCGAAAUCAACGAAAAGGGAACGCUUGCAUCUGCCGCGACAGAAAUUCAACUAGUCAGCAAGUUCGGCUAUGACGAUCUCCCGAUCGUUUUCAAUGUCAGCCGACCGUUUCUGUUCUACAUCCACGAUCAAGAAACGGACACGAUAUUGUUCCUGGGAAAAGUAACGAAUCCAAGCACGGAUUCAUACCGAAAUGUGUGUGUCGUGUCUGCUUCACUAGCGUUCAUCCAUCAAAAUCACUCUCCGUUGAUGCUGAUGCUGAGCUGUACUCGGUGCGACAACGUCACUAGCCCUAUCAUGGCCCUUUCAACACCGCGAAAAUCCAUCCGUCCGCGCUUCACGGAUUAUCAGCCGUACCAAGGAACAUGGAACGACGAGUUCGACUGGGGCGUUACAAAGGAGGUGUUGAUGAAGGCGCCCGGAAAUGCAGUUCUAUCUCCACUCUCAGUCAAAGUGCUUCUUGCACUGCUGUACGAAGGCAGUGCGAGUGUAUCGGAAACGCAGCGUGAACUAUUGCGCGCGCUUGGUGGCAGGCACCUGGAGAAAAGCGCGAUUGAUAAACUGAGUGAAGAUAUUCUACGGUACAAGCAGCAGGGAAAUGAUCUUCUUAUUGCCGAUCGGAUUUUCUACGACCAAUCGGUCGCUAUCGUGCAGAAGUUCCAUAGCAUUAUCACCACGAAGUACAACGCGACAACCGAGAGUGUUGACUUUCAGAACAACGUGGGCGCGGCGGAGCAAAUCAACCAAUGGGUGGCACAGAACACCCGAGAGAAGAUUACCGACGUAGUCAAACCGGACGCGCUUCAGGAUGCAAUUCUUAUGCUUAUCAAUACGAUCUACUUCAAAGGCUCGUGGGCCGUCCCGUUUCCGACUAAUGCAACGGUCGAAAAACCCUUCCAUCUCACCGCAAAGGCCUCGUACGCAGGUCUCGGACCAAAAACUGCAACCUUCAUGAAGCAACGGGAGCACAUAUUCUAUUACAAAUACUCCGAACAGCUGAAAACAGCUUUCCUCCGCCUGCCCUACCAAGGCAACCAGCUAUCGAUGAUGGUGAUGCUUCCCGAUGCGGAAGUUUCUUUGGACCAGUUGCUCUCUAGCCUGACGCCGCCAUUAGUCCACCAGGUUCUGCAGGAAAUGGAAGAGGAAGAGGUCGAAAUAGAGCUGCCCAAGUUUUCCAUCACUUACGCCAGCUCGAUGAGGGAGUGUUUGCAGCAGCUUGGUGUGUCGCGUGUCUUCAGCGAUCAGGCCGAGCUACCGUUGAUAUCGCGAGGUCGGUCCACUCCGCUGAAGGUCAGCACCAUACUCCAGAAGAGUUGCAUAAAGGUCGACGAAGAGGGUACAGAGGCAGCCGCCGCCACCGAGGGCACGCUGGUGUUCACGAUUCUUAACCAACCGGUACAGUUCUUCGCCAACCGACCGUUCCUGUUUCUGAUCUAUGAUGAAGGGCAAGGAAACUGGCUAUUUGCAGGAAAGGUCGUCGACCCAACGUUGUAAAUCAAAACCAGAAAGGUUUUACCAGUAUAAUUAAUGGUUCGACGGUUGAACAUCACUGCAUGUGAUCGAAUU